ACCCUCUCAGAUAUAUUGAUGAUGUUUUUCUAUUUUUCCAGGACACGCCAUGGAGAAACCCUCAAAGGAUCGUCUCACUUUAUCUCCAGGUUGUAAAAUGGAAGAUGAGGACAUCGGUGAAGUGCGUUUUCCAGAUUCCACCAUGUUAUCUCCUGUGAUGUCCCGUCCUCCCGAACAUAAGAGAUUGAACGCGAGUGAGAAGAAACACUUCUGCUCUGAGUGCGGGAAGGGUUUUCCACGAAGAUAUGACUUUGUUUUACACCAAAGAACUCACACGGGGGAGAAGCCAUUUCCCUGUCCCGAGUGUGGAAAAUGUUUUGCGGUAAAGUCAAACCUUGGAAAACAUCAAAGAAUUCACACUGGCGAGAGGCCGUAUUGCUGCUCUGAGUGCGGUAAAUGUUUUUAUAUGAAGGCCCAUCUUGUUUCACAUCUGAGAUAUCACACGGGUGAAAAGCCGUUUCCCUGUCCUGAGUGUGGAAAACGUUUUACAAAAAAAUCAGUCCUUAAAUCCCAUCAAAGAAUUCACACGGAUGAGAAGGCAAAUUCCUGCCCUAAAAGUGGAGAAGGUUCGUCUCCGAAAUCAGACCUUGUUAAACAGCCAAGAUCCCACACAGGUAAGAAGGCCUAUUCCUGCCCUGAGUGCGGGAAAUGUUUUAAACACAAGUCCCAUUUUAAUGCACAUCAUAGGACUCAUACGGGGGAAAAGCCGUAUUGCUGUCCUGAGUGUGGAAAAUGUUUUACACAAAUAGCACACCUUCUAAACCAUCAAACAACUCACACUGGAGAGAGGCCGUAUUCCUGUUCUGAGUGCGGAAAACGUUUUUCACAGAAUUCCCAUCUUAAAAUACACCAGAGAAUGCACACGGGUGAAAGGCCGUAUUCCUGUCUUGAGUGCGGAAAAGGUUAUCCACAGAGAUCAGACCUUACUAAACAUCAGAGAUCUCACACGGGGGAGAAGCCGUAUUCCUGCCCUGAGUGUGGAAAAUGUUAUCCAUUGAAAACAGACCUUAAUAAACAUCUGAGAUCUCACACAGUGAAGAAGCCGUAUGGAAACCUCAGGGAUGAUAAAAUCACUGUUAAAGAAGAAUAUAAAGAGGAGGAUGAGGAGUAUGGUGGUGAAGAUCUGAUGAACCUAAAAGUUGAGGAUGAAGAUCUGAUGAACAUCAAAGCUGAGGGUAAGGAUCUGGUGAACACAAAAGUUGAGUGUGACGUAGAAGAGACGUACGCCAUGGAGAAACCCUCAAAGGAUCGUCUCACUUUAUCUCCAGGUUGUAAAAUGGAAGAUGAGGACAUCACAGGAGAUCACCUGGAGGAAGGAGGAAAAUGUAUUUCUCUGAAGUCCCGUCCUUCUGAACAUCAGAAAUCGCACACGAGUGGGAAGUUAUACGCCUGCCCCGAGUGCGGGAAGUGUUUUCCACGAAAAUAUGACUGUUUUGUUUUACAUCAAAGAUCUCACACGGGGGAGAAGCCAUUUCCCUGCCCUGAGUGUGGAAAACGUUUUACGAUAAAGUCAAACCUUGCAAAACAUCAAAGAGUUCACACAGGUGAGCGGCCAUUUUGCUGCUCUGAGUGCGGGAGAUGUUUUUAUCAGAAGGCCCAUCUUGAUUCACAUCUGACAAAUCACACGGGUGAAAAGCCAUAUCCCUGUCCUGAGUGUCGAAAAGGUUUUUCAAAAAAAUCAGCCCUUAAAAUACAUCAGAAAAUUCACACGGGUGAGAAUGCAUAUUCCUGCCCUGAGUGCGGGAAAUGUUUGUCUCAGAAAUCGGAACUUGUGAAACAUCAAAGGUCUCACAAAAGGGAGAAGCCACAUUCCUGCCCUGAGUGCGGGAAAUGUUUUAAAUACAAGUCCAAUUUGAAUGCACAUGAGAGGACUCACACGGGUGAAAAGCCGUAUUCCUGUCCUGAGUGUGGAAAAUGUUUUACCCAAAUAGCACACCUUCUAAACCAUCAAACAACUCACACGGGCGUGAAGGCGUAUUCCUGUUCUGAGUGCGGGAAAUGUUUUUCACAGAAUGCUCAUCUUAAAAUACAUCAGAGAUUGCACACGGGUGAAAAUCCGUAUUCCUGCCCUGAGUGUGGAAAAGGUUAUCCACAGAGAUCAGACCUUACUAAACAUCAGCGAUCUCACACGGGGGAGAAGCCGUAUUCCUGCCCUAAGUGCGGGAAAGGAUUUUCACGCAAGUACACUUUUAGCAAACAUUGUAGUUCUAACGCGUGUGAGUAGAUAUAAAGUUCGUUCUGGUUGGAAAAAAAAGAUAAAAAAAGUUUAUCUAGUUCAACCAAUAAAACCUAAGCAUAGAUUCUUAGUGUAGAAAAUUCCCUUUGUGAAAGUCCAAUCUUGCUGAACAUCAGAUACGCUACACAUGGGAGAAACUGUAUUCCUGCCCUGAGUGCGGGAAAUGUUUUUCAAUGAAGUCCCAUCUUCUCAAACAUCAGAGAACCCACACCACCCUCGAGGUGUAUUAGAGUCCUGAGUGCGGGAAAUGUCUUCUAUAUGGAUCAUAUUUUGCCGUACAUCAGAGAUCUCACACUGGAAGAAGCUCACCUUGAUAUACACCUCAGAAAACACGUGGCUGAGCGCCCCUCUGAUCUUCAUCAUGCUCUCCACUGAUCUUCAUCAUGCUCUUCCCUUGAUCUUCAUCAUGCUCUCCACUGAUCUUCAUCAUGCUCUUCCCUUGAUCUUCAUCAUGCUCUUCCCUUGAUCUUCAUCAUGCUCUUCCCUUGAUCUUCAUCAUGCUCUCCACUGAUCUUCAUCAUGCUCUCCACUGAUCUUCAUCAUGCUCUCCCCUGAUCUUCAUCAUGCUCUCCCCUGAUCUUCAUCAUGCUCUCCCCUGAUCUUCAUCAUGCUCUCCCCUGAUCUUCAUCAUGCUCUCCCUUGAUCUUCAUCAUGCUCUCCCUUGAUCUUCAUCAUGCUCUCCCUUGAUCUUCAUCAUGCUCUCCCCUGAUCUUCAUCAUGCUCUUCCUUGAUCUUCAUCAUGCUUUCCCCUGAUCUUCAUCAUGCUUUCCCCUGAUCUUCAUCAUGCUCUCCCCUGAUCUUCAUCAUGCUCUCCCUUGAUCUUCAUCGUGCUCUCCCCUGAUCUUCAUCGUGCUCUCCCCUGAUCUUCAUCGUGCUCUCCCCUGAUCUUCAUCGUGCUCUCCCCUGAUCUUCAUCGUGCUCUCCCCCUGAUCUUCAUCGUGCUCUCCCUUGAUCUUCAUCAUGCUCUCCCCUGAUCUUCAUCAUGCUCUUCCUUGAUCUUCAUCAUGCUCUCCCUUGAUCUUCAUCAUGCUCUCCCUUGAUCUUCAUCAUGCUCUCCCCUGAUCUUCAUCAUGCUCUCCCCUGAUCUUCAUCAUGCCCUUCCCUGAUCUUCAUCAUGCUCUUCCCUGAUCUUCAUCAUGCUCUUCCCUGAUCUUCAUCAUGCUCUCCCCUGAUCUUCAGCAGAAUCUCUGUUGUAGCUGGUCCAUAAUUUCCUUAUUGAACAGGACGCAAGUAUAGGUUCGUCAGUUCAUAGACCCCCAUAUCACUCCGCCCGUAAUUCCUCUUACUUUGUUUUUCGUUAAUGAAUACCCCUGUGUGGGCAACUGUUUUGUUGUUGGAUUUUGUUUUCUUUCUCUUUAAUAAAAGAGGGCAUACAGGCCUUGAAACGGCACAA